AUGACUCAACAUAACGUCACAACAAUGAACGAUUCGGAUUCAGAAGACGGUGAAAUAUCGGUCGGAUGUCCGUCUCCGUUGAACGUGGUUAAUUCCAUUCCCGAAGACGAUGAUAAAUUCGAAGAAAGUAAAGAGGAAGAGGAUGAAUCGGAAACGGUUAAACCGAGGAAAAGGAGUUGCAGCGACGACGGAGCAUCGAAAGAAGGAUGCGACGAAUAUUUCAAACCGUUGAAAAAACUCAAAAUGAUGAAUUUGAGUAAGAAGAGAAAAGAGGAAGGAAAGGAAAGGAGUUGUUCUCCGAAUUCCAUACCUUUAGCAAAACAAUACCCUAUACACAAGGGACACCUUCCGACGACUUCGAGGCUAGACGCGGACGAAGAAAUGGCAUCCGUCAUGUCGGCGAAUCAUUUUCCAAAUCUUAAUUUGGUACCUCCCGCGCAUUUGGGCAUACCCAUUUCGAUACCGAUCGCUUUAAGACAUUUCCCAUCUCCGGGCGUUCUCAUCGACGGCAGAAACAUGUUCAUGGAUAAUCGGAAUCUCGUUGAACAACGUCAGUUGCUCGAGAGGAAUUUGCUGUUGGAAAAUCGUCACUUGUUCGAAAGGAAUUUAGUAGAAAAUCGUUUGGCGGAUCAUCAAAGAUUUUUACUAAACGCGGAUCCGAGACAUUUGUUGACGGCCGCGGACACGCGGCAUUUGUUAACGCCGGAACAGAGAAACCUUUUAGGUAUAGAAAAUCGUUUGUUCGAAAAAAGUUUGCUCGAUCACAGGCAAUUGUUGGAAGCGAGAAUGUUAGAAACGCGAUUAGCCGAAGGUAGGAUAAGCAUGUUGGAAAACCGGGAUAGAGACGGUGAAAAAUUAGAGGAUUUGACGAAUCCCGCGGGACAAAACGGUGUCAAAUCAUUUUCCAUAUUAGACAUAUUAAAUCACAGACCCAAAGGUAAGGAGGAAACGAAAACGGAGUCGGGUAGUAAAAUUGUUAGACCCUGGGAUUCGAAAGGUUCCGAAAGCGGUGGAAAACGAACUCGGCCCAAAAGUGCUGAUUUCUGCUACAGUGAAACAUUAUCGACGUGUUCUUCCGAUCGGUCUAGCACGGCCGGAAGUUUAGGUGGAAGCGGAAGCGAUUGUUGCACGUCGCCGGACAUAAUAAAUUGUUCGGUAUCGGGAGGAACGUCGGGAGGAACGUCAUCCAGGCAGCAACAGCAAAGAGUCGGUGGGAAAACCGUUCAGGGGAAAAACACAUCUCCGUUGGAUGCUCUUUUUCAAAUGACAAAUAAAACGUUUGACGGAAUGAACGGCGAAACUUCCGGUGAAAGACUGGAAGAAAAAAAGGAAGGUAGAAAUGUUAAUAUUAAAUUUCAAUGUCUACGUGAUUUACCCAAUUGUUUAUUUUUUUCUCCAGCAUUCCACCACAACAAAUAUAAUAAUUUUCAGGUAGCCGUAAGAAAAACAUAA